AUGGCGUCCCGGCCGCAGCCGGGCGAGGCCUCGCCAUCCUUUGCGCAGACGGGCGCCGAGCUCAAUCUCGAUGAUGACAGCGAUGACCUCUUUGACCUCGACGACUACGACGACGACGAGGAGGCCGUGGACCUGCAGUCUGAAGUGGGCGGCGCCGAGGCCUACCAACUGCGCGGCAUGCGCGGCCGUCUGAGCCCCGGGGUUCCGCCGCCGUCGCGGCCCGUCAGCGCACGGAGCGCAUCAUCUACGCGACGCAAUGCGCGAACGCGCCGCCGCCGCCGCCGCCGCCGUCGGAGCAACAGCACGGCGGCGAGCUAUAGCCUGUACACGCCCGACGAGGAAGCGGUGGUGCGGCGCAAGUUUGACCGCAAGCUCGUCCUCUUCCUAUCGCUGCUCUUUUUGCUCAGCUUUGUUGACCGUUCAAACAUUGGAAACACUCGUAUAGCAGGCAUGGAGGAGGACCUCCAGACAAACCCCCCCUACGCCGGGUGGUACGCGUGGUCUCUGACUUCCUUUUACAUGACCUACAGCGCCUUUGAGUGGAUGUCGCUCCUGUACCGCGUCCUCCCCGCGCACGUCCUCAUCUCCGCCGCCGUCGUCGCCUGGGGCCUCGUCGCCUCGCUGCAGGCCGUCGCGCCCUCGUACCCGACGCUCGUGGCCCUGCGCGCGCUGCUCGGCGUCGCCGAGGCUGCUUUCGCGGGCGUCCCCUACUACCUGAGCUUCUUUUACCGCCGCCGCGAGCUGGCCUUUCGCGUCGCCCUCUUCAUCGCCGCCGCGCCGCUCGCCAGCGCCUGCGCCUCGACGCUCGCCUGGGUUAUCGUGCGCGUGGCCCGCGCGGCGGGGUCCCCCAUUGCCGCCUGGCGCUUGCUCUUUCUUGUAGAGGGCCUGCCGUCGGUGCUGGCGGGCGUCGUGGCGUGGGGCGUCGUUCCGGACGCGCCGCAGGAGGCGGCUUACUUGACGCCGCGGGAGCGCAAGAUUGCGACGCUUCGCCUGCGUAGGGAGAAGCCUCGGGGUGAGCACGACGACGACGACGACGACGACAACACCGACGACGACGCCGCGCAAGACUCGCGUCGUCUGGUGUGGCGCAACAUUGUCUCCGUCGUCUUGGACCCCAUUGCUAUCCUCGCCUCUGCGAUAUUCUGCAUGGCCAACCUGGCCUACUCGUCACUCCCCGUAUUCCUCCCCAAAAUCAUCCACAGCAUGGGCUACAGCAGCCUCUCUGCCCAGGCCCUCUCCGCGCCUCCCUACCUCCUCGCCUUCGUCAUUGUCCUCUUCACCGCGCACAUGUCCGACCGCCGCAGCAGCCGCACGCUGCCCAUUGUCUUCCACGCCCUCUGCUCCGCGUCGGGCUAUCUCGUCCUGGGCAUCGCCGAGCCUCUGCGGCUGCCCACCUGGGUGCGGUAUCUGGCCGUGUAUCCCGCCGCCAUGGGCUUCUUCAACGUCGUCACCCUCAUCAUUACCUGGGGCAUCAACAGCCAGCCCGACGAGACGCGCCGCGGCGCCACCUUUGCCAUGAUGCAGUUCAUUGGGCAACUCGGUACACUCAUCGGCACGAGACUCUAUCCCGAUCGCGAUGGGCCAUACUACACCACGGGCCACCGCAUAUGUGCCGCCGUCUUGCUCGGAGCUGCCGCUUGUGCUUUUGUCCUGCGAUCCUACUUGAAGCGUUUGAACCGUAAGCUUGCCGAAAAGGAUGCUCAUAGCUCAUAUAGAGACGGUGUCGAUGCUGCUGGCGAGGACCCCGACGAGGCGGAGAGAUUAGUUGGCUCCGCAAAAGACCAAGGCUCUGGCGACAGCUUCAGGUACAUGAUCUAA